AUGGCCUCAAUCUCCCAGCUUGCCUGCAUCUAUUCGGUCUUCAUUCUGUAUGAGGAUGAAGUGACUGUCAGGGAGGAUAAGAUCAAUGACCUCAUUAAAGUAGCUGGUGUAAACGUUAAAUUUUUUUGGCCUGGCUUGUUUGCAAAAGCCCUGGUCAAUGUCUGCAUCUGGAGCCUCAUCUGCACUGAAGGGGCCAGUGGGUCUGCUGCAGCAGCUGGUGCUGCACCAGCAGGAGGUCCUGCCCCCUCCACCACCACUGCCUCAACCAAGGAGAAUAAAGUGGAAGCAAAUAAAGAAUCUGAGGAGUAUGUUGAGGACAAGAGCUUUGGUCUUUUAUGA